AUGGUCCGAAAACUUAAGCACCACGAGCAACGUCUGCUCAGGAAGACAGACUUCAUUACCUGGAAACAGGAUAAUGACCACAGAGAUGCGGCUGUUAUACGACGGUACAUGAUCCAAAAGCCCGAAGAUUACCACAGAUAUAACAGGAUAUGCGGUUCUCUGCGCCAACUAGCACAUCGCCUCAGCUUAUUACCGCCAGAGAACCCCAUAAGGAGGAAACACGAGGAACUUCUCCUAAACAAGCUCUACGACAUGGGAAUCCUAUCGUCGGCCUCGAAGCUCUCGAACGUCGAGCACGGCGUCACUGUCUCGGCUAUGGCGCGCAGGAGAUUACCAGUAGUCAUGACGCGCCUGAGAAUGGCAGAGACCGUGCAAGCCGCUACGAAGCUCAUCGAGCAGGGCCACGUCCGGGUUGGUGUUGAGACUAUUACCGACCCUGCUUUCUUCGUUACGAGGAACCUAGAGGACUUCGUGACGUGGGCUGUCGGCAGCAAGAUCAAACGCAACAUUAUGAAGUACCGCGACAAGCUGGACGACUUUGAGUUGUUGUAA